AUGGAACGAGGCCUACGACAGGGUGAUAUGCUUGCCCCGUUUUUAUUUCUCAUUGUUUCUGAGGGUCUUAAUGGUUUAUUCAUGAAUGCUGUAAAAUUGGGAGAAUUUAGUGGUUACAAGGUGGGGACGAGUGGCUCAUGUGAGAUCUCUCUCCUUCAGUUCGCUGACGACACUAUCUUCAUGGGGGAGGCCUCAUUCCAGAAUGUGGUGGUAAUGAAAGGUAUUCCUGUUGGAGCAUGGGCUGACCGCUUACAAACUUGGGAUCCAGUUUGUAAUAAGAUAAUGAGAGACUUUCUUUGGGGUGGUGGGGAAGAAGAUAAAAAAAUUGCUUGGUGGAUUGAUGGUGUGUGGUAUUGGGAUUUCCUUUGGAGGCGUCCCCUGCUGGGUAGGGAGCUGCAAUGGUUUGAGUCUUUGCUGUCUGAUAUUAGCAGUGUUCAGCUUGUUGAAGGUGCUUUUGAUCGUUGGUCUUGGUUGCCUAGUAGUGAUGGUGUUUACUCGGUUAGUUCUGCAUAUUCUUUUAUGCAGGAUCCACUCUUACCGACGCAGGAUCAUGCUCUUUCAGAGGUUUGGAAGUCAUUGGCCCCUUCGAAUAUUAAAGCUUUUUCCUGGAGGCUCUUGUUGGACAGGAUUGCAAGUCGGGAGAAUUUACUUAAACGUCAAUUGGUUUUUAGGUGGCUUGGGGUGGAUCCUAUUAUUGCCUCUUCCCCGCGGGAUCAUUUCAUUGGCUUCAAAAUUGGCUGGAAUAAUUCACAAAGACGUGUUGCUUUGACUGUGUGGUUUGCCACUGUUUGGAAUUUAUGGCUGGCUAGGAACUCAAUUGUUUUCAAGGGUGGCCUUUUCAAUCAUGAAAAUAUUAUGGAAUUGGUCAAAAAACAAUCCUGGGCGUGGGCUAAAGUAAAGGUCAAGGAGGUCUCUUAUUCAUUCUAUGCUUGGUAUACUAAUCCUUUGCUUUGCAUUCAUGGAUUAUAA